AGCGGGUCGGCCCUUCGACCUUCUAGUUGACCAACCAACUAUCUGAAAUACAAACUGCCAAGACGUAGUCCAGGUACAGGGCUUAAUUCGCUUCUCGACUUGUAGCGAGAAAACACCAAGAUGUGCGAUAGGUAGUAAUGAUUGUUGGCCUGAAAUUAUCGUGACUGCGUCUCUGGCUGUUUGCUCGGUUUGCAGGGAGCAGCCGCCUUCCAUGUGAGGAAACAAGUAUGUGUGUUCGGUCCUACCAGGCUGACAGACCUCAGGGGAUAAGUUUCUCCGAUCAUUAUCCCAUCGUCCAACCCAUACUUCUCCAAUUAAUUCUGCCCAUGUCUCUCCAGGAUAUUCCCCAGUUUCUGCUUCUCUGCCGGGAGGAGGAAUCCAUCACCGCGUUCCAGGAGGCGCUGACGCAGCAAUGGCCCGCCCACGAGACCGAGCCAAAGGUCCAGAUUCGGAUUGUGAAUCAAUCGCUGCGCGACGUCCCUUCCACCACGCCCUUCGACCUCAUCGUCUCACCGGCCAACUCGUACGGUCUGCUUGAUGGGGCAUUUGACGAUGCGAUCACCCGCAAAUUCUGCCUCCCGGAUCAUCCCUACGAGACCCUGACGCGGGCGGCGCAACAGGUGCUCUACGACCGGUGGCGCGGGUUUGUGCCCCCCGGAACGUGUACGCUGGUUCCCUUCCCCGAGUCGUUGGCGAGCAACGCGUGGGGAUGUCGGUGGGUGGCACUCUGUCCGACGAUGCGCAUGCCGGACCGGGUGAGCUGGGAUCGCGAGGUGGUGUACGAAUGCAUCUGGAGCUUGCUCGGGCAGGUCGAAGGGUGGAAUCGAGGGCGUGCGACGGGGCGCAUCGAGCGGAUCUUGAUCCCUCCGCUGGCGACGGGGGUGGGCAAGGUCAGUCCGCGGCGAUGGGCCACCCAGAUGGUACUGGCGUUAAGACAUUUUGUGGAUGCGCUGGAGCGACCGGCGCAUUGGAGCAAGAUGGACUGGUUGGAUGCCGCGGAGCAUCAUCGUGAUAUCCUCCCCACGUGGAAUCUGUGAUGAUCUGGAC